AUGGAUGAGAGAUCACCCCUAGUCCAAAAUCCAAACCGUAGUCCUAACCAAUCUCAAGGAAUAGUCAGAGAAAACCUUUACCACACAAUUAGGCGAGUAGAAUAUUCAUCAUAUCUAUUAAUGACAUUUCGACUAUCAGUCAGCACUGUAAAAAUCAUCUCAAGCGGCAUAGUUCUCUCAUUUUUUGCAGCUUCCUGCAACGCUCCUCUCGCUUUUUGGGUUGCUAUAAGUCUUUUGCUGGAUAUUUGGUAUGUGAUUAUGCUCUUUUUUAGAAUUCCACAUGUAAAAAGUGUCCGUGACGGAGGAGAAAUAAACGAAGGAAUAUUCUUAUCAGCAUUAUUUAAGCUCCAAACAUUUGCAUACCUUGGCUGGCUGAUUCCUGGAAAUAUUUGGUAUUGGAGUUGUAAAGAUUGCUAUGAUGAUGCACCAGUCCUCACAGCUCUAGUUUUUGCACUUCUUAUAUUAGGGUAUUGCUAUUUGAUGAUACCGACGAUGCUUUUGCUGUGCUUAUGCGCAUGCUUGCCAGUAGCUAUUAUAUUUUUGAUGUUUAUUUCGAACACCUCACAGUUGCCUGCAACUGAAGGGAUGAUAAAAGAUCUGAAAUCAGUAGAAUAUGACCCUGUGGUCAACCAAGGAGAUAGUUCCUGCUCUAUUUGUGCAGUGGAGUAUUCUGAAAAGGAUAAAAUUAUUGUGAUGGAGUGUGACCCAAGGCACUUUUUCCAUGAAGAAUGCAUAAAGAGGUGGCUUACUCCUUCCUUCCUCGUAAGAGAACAAGUCCUUGGAAAAAUCCCUAUAUAAGUGUGAUAUUAUUAUAAUGAAAUUUCGAGUAAUUCAGUUGAAUUUAAAUAGAUUGCAUUUUAGAACAUAAAUUUUACAAAUUAAAUUAAAUUUUGGAUUUCGAUUUUUACGGAUUAGGAUUUAUUUUUAAAUUUGAAAAAAUAUUAUAUAUUUAUAUAUAAAUUUUUAAAAAUAUAAUUAGCCCCUUUGUUCGUUCAGGGGAGGAGUUAGAAUAAACUCAAAUUGCCCUAUUUGCAGAACCCCGUUUUUGAUGGAUUAA